AUGCUCGUUUACAUAGGUGUUUGUUCUAUGAUCGGUUCUCUAUCUGUUGUAACUACCCAAGGUCUUGGUACAGCUAUUGUGACAACUAUAAUGGAUCCGAAUAAAUUACUUAAACAAGGCGUUGAACUUGUUCAAUACCGCAAUGGUGGUCCCGUAGUGGAUGGUCGACAAUCUAUGUUUAUGGUAUCUAGCGAUCAUCCUAGUCCUCCGACUGUUAUAACUAGUGGUGAAAAUGAACCUGGUGCUUUGGAUAUUCGUGCUAGUUUUGGAAGUAUUCGUAGAUAUUCAAGUGGGCGUACUUAUCCGCUUAAUAAUUUGAAUUCUCAUUCUGGUCCUAAUAAUUUACAAAGACGAUCUCAAAGCUUAAAUUACGGAUCAAGCAUGACUGAAGGUUUACCAUCAAUACUUGAAAGAUCUUCAAGCCUUUCAGAUAUUAAACGAGUUGAGCGUCAAGAAGUUACUUCUGUUGCUCCAAUUGAUGAUGAGUUCUAUUCGAAACGAUUUAGUAAUCAACCACAAGAUUCUACAAUACAUCAUCAAGAAAUAUUGGCAAGGAAUUCCUUUGUACGAUUUUUACCAUCUCCUACAUCACCGGUAGAGGAGCAACAUACAACACCACAUGGACAAAACACUACUCCUUCUAUAUCAUCACGGAAAAAUUCUUCUUCUUCACCAGAAUAUCCACAUGCCGAUGAAAGAGUUAUAAACAUACCACCGAUUCCAUCACCUCUUCACCCAAUUGAUUACAUUCGACACCAUCUUUCUCCUACCAGUUCUACGUUUGAUUCAUCUAAUAACAAUAGUAUAACUAGUGAAUCCUAUAGUGGCAUUACCCCUAGAAAUUUAAAUAGGAAUGGUAGUGCUUCGGGUAAAAAAGCACAAAGUAUGGGAUUUGUAGAUAAAAUUAAAUUAGGAAUUGGUGAUCAGGAUGAUGAUACUGAGGGGUUG